AUGCGACAAGAACAAUCAAUUCAAGCCACAUUUGUUAAGCUAUCAAAUCAAACCAAGCUUGAGCACAAAAUUCACUUAAAGGCUUCAAUUGAAGUGGCGAGACUUCUCUUGAAUCAAGGAUUGACAUUUCGUGGACAUCGUGAAGAUGAAUCAUCGCUAAACAAAGGUAACUUUCUUGAAAUUCUUUCAUGGUAUGCGAAGCGGUGUGAUAAAAUUGGUGAACUUGUGUUGAAAAAGGCUCCAAAAAAUGACCAGAUGACUUCUCAUAAAAUUCAAAAAGAUAUAGUCACUGCAUGUAAGCUUGAAACAAUUAAAGCUAUUAUGGAGGAUCUAAACGGUGACUAUUUUUCAUUGUUAGUUGAUGAAUCUUGUGAUAUAUCACGUAAGGAGCAAAUGGCAAUUGUUUUGCGUUAUGUUGAUAGAAAGGGGUCUGUGGUGGAACGGUUCAUAGGAAUUAUUCAUGUUCAUGAUACUAGUGCUUUAUGUUUGAAAGAAGCUAUUGUUAACUAUCUUGCGCAACAUUCUUUGAGUUUAUCUUUUAUACGAGGGCAAUGCUAUGAUGGAGCUAGCAAUAUGCAAGGGCUUUUAAGUGGCCUUAAAGUUUUGAUUCAACAAGAAAGUAAAUCAGCUCAUGCAAUUCAUUGUUUUGCUCACCAACUUCAGUUAACUCUUGUUGGGGUAUCUAAAAAAUGCCUUCAAGUUGGAGAACUUGUAUUGUUGGUUUCUAAUGUCUUAAAUGUAGUGGGAGGUUCUUUUAAACGUAUGGAUGAACUUCGAGAAUCUCAAGAAAAAAAAGUUCCAGUGGCACUUGAUAUGGGUGAGGUUGAAAGUGGUAAGGAUUGA